AUGUCCGCCUACCCGUCGCUCGCACCCUUCGUCAUGAAGCGCCCUUGGCUGCGCAACAUGCUCAAGCCCGUCGCCAGCUGGUACGCCAAUGCCGCAGGAUACCGCCAGCUCGGUCUUCGUGCCGAUGACCUGAUCAUCGAGGAGAGCGAGGAGGCAGUCAAGGCCCUCAAGCGCCUUUCUCCCCAAGAGUCCUACGACCGUGCCUACCGUAUUCGCCGCGCCAUGCAAUGCUCCUUGUCCCACCAGCUGCUGGCCAAGAAGGACUGGACAAAGCCCGAAGAGGACCUCCCAUACCUCAUCCCUAUCAUUGAGCAGAUCCGCGCCGAGGAGAAGGAGAAGGCUGCCCUCGACUCCUUAACCAUCGUCAAGAACCACUAA